GGAGUUAACGUCCUCACAACCGGCACCUGCGCCCCGACAGCGAUGGAGCUGGCUCCUGCGCCCAGCCACGCCUGGCCGGUUCGAGGAGCCAGGUGGCGUGCGCCGGAGAGGCGCUGGCUGCCCUUGCCCGCCCUGGCGGCGCUGACGCACAGGUUUCGGGGUGACUUCAUCGCCAGGCCUCGACUCAGCGGGCGGCCCGGAAGGAGAUGCAGGAGGGCCAGCGAGUCCCUCGCAACGCUGAAGACCUUGGCGAGCCAGGACGUCAAUGCGGCAGAGGCGCUCUUGGAGAAGAUGCUCCUUCAGCAGCUGCAGCCCAGCGCCGCGCACUUCGUGGCGGCGGUGAACAUGUUCGCCAGAAGCGGAUGCGCGCAGCAGUCAGACUCCUGGUUCCAGCGGAUGUCGCAGCACGUGUCUCCAGAUCUUUUUGCCUACAGCGCUGUGAUCAAUGCCCACGCUCGGGCCGGUGAUGUUGAAAGAGCAGAAGCACGAUUUGAGGAGCUGCGGAAGGCGCGGCUGGAGCCCGACGCGGUGUGCUUCUCCAGCGUCCUCAACGCCGCGGCGCAGAGGGGCGACCGAAAGCGGGCAGAGGGAUGGCUGCGAGACAUGGCGCAGGCUCGGGUGGCGGCCAACGAAGUCACCUUUGGCAGCCUCAUCAACGCUUGCGCGCAGGGCGGCGAUGCGGAGGGCGCCGAGGGCUAUUUCGAGAAGAUGCAGUCCGAGCGGCUGCGGCCCAACGGCGUCAUCUACUGCAGCCUGGUCAAGGCGAACCGACUUCGCCCCGAGGCGGCGGAAACGUGGCUUCAGCGUCUGAGGCAGUCGGGGCUCCAAGUGCCGGUGGCAGCCUUCAACAGCGCCAUCAACGCCUGCGCCGAAUCUGGGGACAUGGAUCGGGCGGAGCGGCUCCAUGGGCAACUGCAGCAGAGCAAAGUGAGGCCGACUUUGGUCACCUACAACAGCCUCAUCAAAGCAUGCGCGAGCGACAUGACGCGUGCGGAGCAGUGGCUGGACAGAAUGCAGCUGUCUAAGUUGGCGCCUGACGAGGUCACCUUCAACAGCCUCCUCCGCGGCUGCGCGCAGCGCGGGGACGUGAAGAGCUGCGAGGCGUGGCUGCGGCGGAUGGAGCGCAGCGGGGUGAGCCCGGACGCCGUGACCUACAACACCUUGCGCGCGGCCUGCUCCAGGAUGGGGGACUUCGAGGGCGCGGAGCGGUGGCUGCAGGCGAUGGAGGCGUCGGAGCGCAGGGCCGUCAGGCAGAAGCUGAGCCUUGAGGAGGCGGACCCCUUCUUGAAGAGCGGCGGGGUCCUGAAGAAGGCCUUGUACCGCUUCCGCUCGCAGGGGGACGCCGCCAUCGCGGAGCACUUGGAGCUGGCCUUGGAGUACCAGUGGGUCUACGGCUAUCCUCGGCUUCCGCCGGAAGAGUCACAGCUGACGCAUGGUGCCUUCAAGUACAUGGCUGGCAUGCAGGCCAUGACCGCGCGAGAGCUUCUCAAAGUCACCAGCGGAGACGUCUUGGACCCCUUUUGCGGCUCCGGCACGGUGCUCAUCGAGGCGGCGGUGGCCGGGCGCCGCGCGCACGGCUGCGACGCCUCGCCCCUGGCGGCCUUCGUGGCCCGGCGCCACACGGACCGCGCCACGCCGCUGGGGCCCUUGGUGGCCAAGGCCGAGGAGAUCUCAGCAAAGCUGGGGCAAAGUUCCGGCGAUUGGGACAUCCUUCGCGGCGAGAUCAGCAAGGCGGAGACGCUUCUCAAGGAUUGCCUUUGGUUCAUUUUCGCCAUCGCUUGGCGGGUGGUAGCGGCAAGCCGGAGCUCGGACGCCCAGCCGCGCCGCUACUUCCUCUCCACGGCCUACCGCUUCGCAGAGCAGCUGCGGCAGCUGCGGGUGGCGAGUGGUGAAGCCGAGGCCACGGUGCAGCGCUGCGACUGCCGGCGCUUGUGCCUGGAUGAGCCUGUAGGCGCCGUCAUCACCAGCCCGCCAUAUCCCGGCGUCUAUAGCUACCAGCUGGCUGCCCAAGCGGAUUGCCAGCAGCUCGGCGAGGACUCGGCCUUUGGUUUGCUCCUCGGAGACUUUCAAGUGGAGCAGGAGAUCGGCUCUGCGAGCUUUACGCCUCGCAGCGAGGAGGAGGCAGCGGCCAUGUGGCAAGAAGAGCAGGUGGAGUGGCUAGGGGCGGCGUUCCGAAACCUCCGGCCACAUGGCACGGCCACCAUCAUGACGGGCGAUGGCGACCGCAUCGAUAGCCUGCACUCCACGCUGCUGGCAGCUGCUGAAGUCGGCUUUGAAGUGGUGGCCACAUCCACCAUCGAGAGCUGCGCAGAUGAGGCGCACCAGGUUCCGGGCAUGGUGAGGACGGAGCACAUGAUCCAUUUGAUGAAGCCCCAGUGAGGAGACGCCAAACAAUGUCAGCCCCCUUGACCGCACGCACCGGCACAGAGGGUGAUGCAGAAGCAGGGCUUCGGAGGGUGAAAACAGGCGGUAGCGCUGGAAAUGCUUCGAGAUGCACCCACGCCCAUUGGCGCAAGCGCCACGAGUGGAGAUGAGGUCGCCAGCGCGAAGAGAUGUGCCCAUGCUACAAGUCUGAAGUGCAGAGAUCGGAAAGAAUGGCACAAGGCUAGGAAGCUGGCAACGUAAGCUGAACGCUUGGUAGCAGGAUGAGUGCUUAGGCGAAUCGGUGCGAAUGAGCGCAUGCUCCAUCCUGACAGCCCAUACAAAAGGUGCUG